CUUCUUGUACUAACACUCUUUUAACACACUUACGUGUACACACUCCAUAAAAUCCCACCAUUCUUACACCAUGACUUCAUUCUUGUAUGUCCAAAUUUAAUUUCUUAAGAAGAUUAAAAAAAAGUUACGUGAAACUGAAAUGGCGGGAAUAGUGGUUGCAGUAGAUUCAGCAACCCAAACUUCAGAAUUAGGAUCCGAUGAUGAAACAUACCCAAUGUAUGAGAUGGGGAAUUCAAGCCCAAGAGUAUUAGUGGAUACUUCUCAACCAUUCGGGUCGGUUGAAGAAGCGGUUAUCCGGUUCGGCGGUCGCGGGUUUUGGAUACCCCAACCCGUUCUUGCUGUUGAUGCUUCUACUGCUACUGAUGAUCAUUGUCAUAAACUAGAAGAUUCCGAAAUCGACAAACUUUAUAAGGACCCAGCAGCAGCAAUAAUGCUGAGAGAUCUACAAAGGAAAGAAGAAGAAACCCGUGAGAUCUUAAAAGAACUCGAGUUAACUAAGAGGUUAGUAGAAGAACUGAAGCUGAAGGUGUCGAAAGAAGCUCCUGAAUGCGCUACAAUACCAUGCUUAGACUUUGUGAAGCAAGUGACAGCUCCUAACAAAGAAUUUGUGAACAAAUAUCCUGUUGAUUAUCAAACUAAUCAGCCAACAGUCAAGAAUGAAGAACAACUAAAUUCAUUGCCUGCAUCUGCUACUGGACUAAUAAUGAUGGAGUUAAAGCAAGCAAAACAUAACCUUUAUCGAAACACGAAUGAUCUUGCUGAGCUUCGUGCUUCAGUCGAGGCUCUCAGCAAGAAAUUGGAGAGCGAGAAAGGCUCAGUACAGAAUGCCAGGGAAAUGCAGACGUCUGUGUGUACUACUGUAAGACAGGAAAAGAAUACGGGUGGAUCGAUUAUUAACCCGUUAGCUAUCUCAAGAGAGCUUCGAGAAUUGAAUUAUGAGGCCGAGCAGUUUAUGCAGACAGCAGAAGCAGCAAGAUCAGAAGUAAUGAAGGCAAUGUCAGAUGUAGAGCAGACUAAAACAAGCCUUAAAGUGAUAGAAAUGAGGUGGGUUGUUGCUAAGAAGCUUGAAGAUGCUGCAAAAGCUGCUGAAUCUCUUGCUUUAGCUGAGAUCAGAGCUUUAUCUAGCAAUGAAAGUUUAGCAUUUGAAGGUUAUAACAAUAAUCAGCAAAAACAGGACAGAGUUAGUCUUUCUAUUGAAGAGUAUUCUGCUUUGAAAGAUAAAGCUCUAAAGGCUGAUCAAAAAAUGGAUGGUUUCAGGAAGAUUAGUUCUUCUUUUGGAAACUCUUUUCCUACACGGCCUAGAAGGGAUUCUAGGCUGCUUGAUUCGAACGAGUUAGAGUUUGCGAGAAACGAAGGUAAUAAGCGGAUUGCAAGACCAACAACUUCAAUAGGAGAUAUAUUGAGCAGGAAACUUGUACUAAGGGAUGAUUUAGAGGUUGGGAGGCAAGAAGAAGUUGGUGGAGGAGGGCGGCAAAGGGUGUCGUUGAACCAAAUGCUUCGUCGACAUAGAGGAGAGACAUCUCCACUAAAGAGAAGAGAGAAAGAUGGUAAUGAAGGAAAGCAUUUCUUCUCAAAGAGAAAAGGUCUUGGGUUUGUGCAUAUUUCACUUCCUAUGUCUAAGCACAAUAAGAGUAAGAUUCAUGGUUUAAAUUUGUGGCGAAGAGAAGAAGAGUAGAUGGAUGAAUGGAUGGAUGGCAUUGUAGUUCUUGUGCUAACAUAUUCUUUCUCAUCAGCUUGUUUGUCUAUCUUAUUGGUUGUGUUGUGCUUGAUCAUGUAUUCAUGUUAGUUCUGCUUAUAUGUAUGGUGUAAAGGGGUUGCUCUAUCUGAUUUGUGCUUGUAUUAUUUGGAGUGUGAAUCAAUUCUUCUACUAUUUAUGCUUAUAUUAAGUUUCUUAUUA